AUGAUCAUUCUCUUGGCUGGCCGUCAGCCAGAUUCUGAAGCCCUGGUGUGCAGCGUCGCGCAAGCGGAGAAGCUGAUUGAAAUCGUCUGUGCUUCACUGGCGGCCACGAGCACGUCUCUGAGCGGAGGCAUUGUGACCGUCGCGGCGCUGACCUUCUGGACGCAGCUCGUGCCCAAGCUUGCCCUGCUCGAGCGGCUGCUAUGCGCUGCGUCGAUGGCCACGUUCAAGCAACAUCAACGUGGCCCUUCCAUGCUGCUUCGCUUGCUUGCUAGUCAUGGACUGUCGGCCUUCCUGUCACUGCAAGGUGAGGCCAGUGCCGAUAGGUCGACGACGAGCGCGACCUACGAGGAAAUCCGCGAGUGCAUCGUGUUGGCCCAGAACAACGUUCAACUGGCGGAGGAACAGACGUUCAAGUUGGCGAGCGUGGCGUGUCUGUCCAAGCUGAUGGCGGUCGAAGCGAGAAUGCAGGCGGGCGGGCCGCCUAGCACGCUUCCCUGGAAUCAAUUCCUUACGGAGAACAUCAUCGCCUCGAUACCCGCAGCCCCGCUUCAGCUGCCCGACAUCCACUUCCUCACAAUGAUCGUCCGCCACAAGCCGAGGUGGCUGCCGAGUGUGAUGGGCGCAACCACCAUCGAAGCCCUCUUACUCAAGUUCGCCUGUUCGGUCAACAUUCCGCUGGUCAUGGGCUAUAUCGACUUGCUGCGCGAGGUCCCCCUGCAUACGGCGGGCAUGAUCACCACGGCGCUGCACCCCGUCGCCUCGCGGGUGAUACAGAAGCAGCAAAAGGACAUCGCCACGAUGAUGCGGGCCGACGCCAUGGAACAAGAAUCAUCAAACGAGCACCUGCUCUGGCAGUACCGAUUCAACUUCUCAGGGCUACUGCAUUAA